GCCGAUUCGAUUUCGCGCCUUCCCUCGAAGUUAACCGUUACUCGGCAGUCCAUCUACGGCUUUCGCGAUAUCCGCACGGAUACAAAAUGGCGGCAUUUCGGUACACACACGCCGUGGUCAGCCGUAUACCGAAUUCGUUGCGAACUAGAGGUCAAAUCGAUUUGGAAGAGGCUAAAAAAGAACAUGAAAAUUACGUCAGGGUGCUAAGGGAGUUAGGAUUGGACGUAAUUGAGCUACCACCUGACGAAACUUUACCGGAAUGUGUUUUUGUUGAGGAUUGCGCGGUGGUUUGUAAUGGAACCGCGCUUAUUACUAGGCCAGGUGCGGCACAUCGGCAGAAAGAAGUAGAGACUAUACGUGUUGUACUAAAGAAAGAACUAGACUUACCAAUUAUUGAAAUAUCCGAUAAAAAUGCGACGUUAGAUGGUGGAGAUGUUCUUUUUACUGGAAGGGAAUUCUUUGUUGGAAUUUCUCAAUGGACGAAUGAAGCGGGAGCUCGUGCCGUCGCUGCAGCGUUUCCAGAGUAUCCAUGUACCCCGAUAAAGGUACCUGAGCAGAAGCAUCUUAAAUCAUAUAUCACGAUGUGUGGGCCAGAUCUGCUAUGUGUCGGUGUCGGAAAUGAAUCUCAAGAAGUACUGAAAAGAAUGGAGAGAGAGGCUACGUUUAGCUAUCAGACGCUGACUUUACCUGAGGAUGAGGCAGCUAACGUCUUGUAUCUUAAUGGUACUUUAGUACAUAGGGCUUCUGAAGAGAUUCCGUUAUCAUUUAAGAAAUUUGGAGAAAAAAUAGACUAUCCCAGACGCUCAAUAAAUAUUAUGCAGUUAGGCAAGUUGUCUAGCGGAUUGACGUCUAGCUGUAUACUGGUAAGGCGGGCAAAACAUAUACGGAGUCUAUAAAUUAGUUAUUCAAUACAUUCAUAAUAAAGAAUUAUAUUAAUGUUUUUUAAUGUUAGAGUUCUAGUUUUAAAAGUGAAACUUUACCCAACCGUGCGGUGGGAUUUUACGGAAGUUACCGCGAUCCCACCUGCAGCAACUUUUAAACUAUGUACAAUAUAUGCUUUUCUACGACUAAUCUGAUAAAAGCACGUUAACAGUGAGUUAGUUUUCGCAAUACAUUAAACCAACAUUAUUUUCAAAGCAGUAAUGAGAAGAAAGUUUUUCAUUUUCAUAUCUCUAAAGAAGACAUUGAAACUAAUAGACAAAAUAUUCUAUUCAUAAAUGAUGAUAAAAACGAACAAUGAGAGUGUUCUUUGUUCGGGAGGUAUAUCUAUUCGGUUCAUGGUAACGUAUAUUAUUCAUACAUUAUUCGUUCAAUAGUUAUAUUUACUUUGAUUUGAUAAUUGCUGCUCAUACAGUGCUUUCAUGCCAAAGCCAACAAAUCUAAAUAUAUUUUUUAAUACACGUCUACUUAGACAUGUAGGGAAACUUUAAUUUUAUAUUUGUUAGUUUUUUCAAAUACCUAGACAGCCAUUGCAUAGGCCUUCAUAUUAACUCCUUCCUUAGUCUCUGUGAGGUUUCAAUAGGACUACCCGUUCUAAAGAAAACUCCCGGUUCUUCUCUCUAAUCAACGUUUAUACAGAAAAUGUUUUAAAGGUGUUUACAUAAACAAACAAAGGCACAACAAAGAUAAUAUCAAAUUUCAUCCAACAAACUCGGCAUUUUCAAUAUAAAUACAUAACAUUUAUGCCGUAACUAUAAAUAACUGCAAGUACGGACCGACAACUCAAAAUAAAAACAUCCGAACGACCGGCAAAAACAAACCAAAAAAGGACUGGCAAAAAACGAAUUAUGCAUUCGUUCCUAAUUCGCGUUAUAGGGAAAUGCAUAUUUUUACAAAAUAAUAAAGGAGCUUUACACAAUAGUCUCUUUGGCACUAGACAGUCAAUUCAGUUUAUUGAUAACAUCGGGAAUAAUUAUCAAGAUUGAGUUGGGUAAAAUCUGAUACCCACGGAUGGGACCUAUACUAUAGUAUAUUGUUGAAAUAAUCAUAUAUAAUAUAUGGAAAAGGGGGGUUAGUUGACGAAAUUAAGGCUAAUAUCCAAACUUUUUUUUUCCAAACUAAAAAUAUUUAUUUAUUGAUAUUUGUAACUCUAUUUGUUACAGUAGUCAACCUACAAAAUAUCACAGCUCUAGCUCAACACAUUUUUGUAAUAUAAUUAAAAAAAGAGAUGCAAUGUUCAUCAUCUUACCUACAAGUGUUUAUAAGCGACGAACUGUAUUUGGUAAGCAGUAGGAAAGGGUGGCAGAAAAAAGGACAAACCCAAUUUUUUUGGCUUUCAAGCCUCAAAAUCUUAAUAGAAUGGUCAUGGUCUUAAUCUAAUAUGAUAUGCCAUAUCAAUGCAGAUAGAACACGAAAAAACAACAAAGAAUGUACUGCAGAACUAUUUUUGGUUAAUUGGCCUUUGCUUCUUUUAAGUGUAGAUCUGUGUCAGGUCUUUCAAGUGCAGAUCAUUUAAUGUGCAUCGAAACCAUAACUCGUUGUUUUUGCCUUCUUUAUUGCAAAACAAACACAUUCUGUUGUCUUCCUCAUUCUCUGGAUCUAUAUCGGUAUCACUGUCAUGAUAAGGUAUUUUGUACUAUUGAACUCUCUGAAGAAGAAGAAUCUAAUAACUGUCGUUUUGUGUUUUCCUUUAAUUUAUAUUUUUAUAAUUUUUUUUAAUCUGUAUUUUUUUGGUGGUUUUCAGUUUCUGCGGCUUUAAUUGUUUUUUGCGUUCUUUAUUUAGGUUUCCUCUUCUUUUUCUUCCAGAGCAUCUUUUAAAAGAAAAGAAUCAAAGAAGGCCCUUUUUACGAUUACUACUUUCUACGUCUAUUUUUUACGAUUGCAUGAAGUAGCGGAGGUAAUACACUUGUUAUUUGGAUUUUCUUAGUUGGAGUUUGUCGUGGCAACUUCAUCUUGUCAAUUAAGGAAGCAAUGACAAGAUGAAAUUGAAGGCAUGGAAUGACUGUCUACUAGUAAUAACGGCGUAGUGAUGUUUACUUAGAAGUUGAAGGCACUGGUUCUGGUAAUAUAUGAGCUUCCCCAAUUUCAUGUAAGUUGAGUUCUGGUUGGCGAGAUUCUUCUAUUGCCGUUAAGUUAAUUCUUUUUCUAUUGUUUUUGAUACUUUAAAAUCAAGUUAUAUUCCAGUGGCUCUAAAGCCACUCAUGACAUUCGCAACUGUUGCCUCUUGCGUUAUGCUUCACCAAAAAUGGAGACAAUAUUAGGUAGAGUUAUAGCUUUAUCGGAAUUAUUUAGUAGUCAUCCUAUGCCCAUUCAUACAGCAAAACAUCUAGUGGCUGCAUUCUGACUUUGUGUGAGGUUGAAAUCCGAUGACAGAAAUAACAUUUUCCCCGCACACAAGUUUAUUGCUUCUAAGGUGACGUGAUUGUCCAUUAACAAUAAUAUUCUAUUGUUCUCGCCGGAUCUUGCAUGCUGAUGAACCCGUUUCAUGUGCAACCUCAACGAAUCCAGGUGGCGUGUUGGCCAUACUCAACAAUCCAGGUGCUGGUUGCAUUCUCACUCUUGGAAAAAUCAAAAAUGGUGAUAUUAAAUACAUACGGGCAUUCAUGCAACAGAUCACUGUUAUAUUCAUACCUCUUUCUACCGAUGACACUUUUACAACUCGAUGUUGAUGUCGCUUGUUGACGUUGAUCACUUUAGGAUGCUUAGUAACAGUAGAAAUACUUAGGAACAGUAGAAAUACCGGUUUCAUCGAGGUUAUAAAUUUAGUUUGAUGUAAAAUUGUACCUUUCUCUAAUGUCCUUUAAUGCAAUGAAGAACUGAGCAAGAUUUUGCUGAUUGAUAGCCAUAAGCUUUAAAAAGCCAAAAGUUUUGCAAUGAACGUUAAUGGCGUUCCUAGUAACCACUUGUAUUUUCUCAUAAACCACUCAACAAAAUAUCGACCUGCUUUCUUUGGAGAAGAGAGGGCGAAGACUAAAUUAGAUUUUUUUUACUUCAACUGGGAUUCCAACCAGGAUCUUUGAUACGAAUCCCAGUUUCUAGGCCAUAACUUAUUUUUUUUAAUUUUAUAACUAUAACUGACGAUCUAUGUCCGGCAGAAAACCAAUUAGUUGUGUCAAAACAGAUGUUUUGACAGAGUCGCCAUUUUAUCAAGCGUUGCCACAGCUUUAUUUUGGCCAAUUGGUCAUCUACCUACUUCGUCAACUUGCCCUCCUUUCCUCUGAACCUGGUAUAAUCGUAAAAUUAUACAAGGUAAGUGCGAUAUAAGUAAUUAUUUCACCAGAUUAUAGUAAUUUUUGCUGCUUUUUCGAUUUAAUAAAAGAAUUAAGACUUUAUUAUACAGAGCAUUAACUCGAAUACACUCUUAUGUACAGUUAUAAGAGUGCAAACCAUUAAUCUGUUGGUAAAGGCUUGAUGAAUCGAGUCUACGAACUACCGAACCUAUCCUAUGUUCUGCAAAUAUUUAGUAUUGAGAGAAGUUAAUUUAUUUUAGUUGUAUAUUCGUUUGAUUAAUAAACACAUUUCCAAAAGUGUUGGUCCUUCAGGGUUUAAAUAAAAAUAAAAGAAUUAAAUUUUCAAAAUAUAUUGCAUUUUAUUCUUUAUUCGGUUAACAGCAUAAGGUGACGAAUAAUGUUUUAAUUUUUUUAUCAAAUAUGGCAGAACAAUGCAAGAAAAAUGUGUUGAAAAUGAAAAAAAUUAUUUGAAAAUAAAAAUUUGAAAACAUAACUUUAGAAGUCUAUGUUAUUGUCUCUUCUUUCAAUCAAUAGACCAUAAGCGUCUCGGAAUUCUACGAAUCAAGUUGUUGAUGAAAUUCUCUGGCAUACUGUUCCACUUUUCUUGAGCACCUCCCUCAAGUCCUGAAACUUCAAAGGAGGAUUGUCUUAAUUGAAUAUUACUCUACCAAGAUAAUCCCAUACUCCCAUGUUCAAUGGAAUUCAUGUCUGGACAUUGCCUUCCCGUAACAAGUUUUCUACCCUUUGAGUACGGUGUAUUUUGGCAUUGUUGUCUUGAAAAAUGAAAUGAUUCCGAAAUUCGUUACGCAAAGGUUGAAAUAUUGCUUCAACAAUGUUAUCGACGUAUGUAGCACGUGUCGUUAUUUCUUAUUUGAGGAUAAGUGCGGUACGGCGACGAUACAUUAUACGCCCCCAAAACAUCAGUGUUAUUUCCGUGGUCGUUCCAUCAGAUUCUUUUCUGUCAAAUCACUGUAUUAACCAAAUAGUGACUCGUCCGAAAAUAAUACACUGCGCCAUUGGCGUAAAAGCCAAUGCUGGUGCUCAGUAGCCCGUCUUGCUUUAUAUUCAGGUGUAAGUCUACUCACCCUUAAAUGACUUCUGGCCCUUAGAUUUGAAGAAUGAAGCCUUCGUAGGGUACUUGUCAAAACCACCCUCCGGUAUGUACGCAAAAAAUGACUUUGAACAGCUGCUGCUAUUAUCGUUCGGAUUCUCCGGGGGAAAUUAACCAUCUUCCUCUGAUGUCAUUUUAGGUCGACUACUGACCAGCCUUCGCGCAACGCUGGUAAUUUCCUAGAAAAGGAGGACUAUGUGCCUUAUAAAAGUCCUUGGAAUAUUAAUAAAUACGCUUAAUCUAAUGAUUUGAUAAACCUUUUUGCUGUAAGGCAACUAUUCUUGCAAAUCAAACUAAGAAAUCAAAUUGCCUAGAUAUAUCGAUAUUUUAUCACUCGAAAUCAGUUUAUAACUUCUUAAUUUUAUAAAUUCUUUCAUAUCGUCGACCUAAAACAAUUUCUUACCACAUAUUGUUCUUUAUCUUUAUGUUAAGAUAAAAAAAUAUUCAUAAAUAAAACAUGACCACCUUAAAUUAGACAGCAAACUUUAGCAAGGGAAGCCAAGACUUUUGGAGAUGUGUAUUUUCUGCUUAAAAUGUAAUUAGAACACAACAUAAAUGUGUCCAUUAUAGCUUUCUAGUUAAUAAUUGGAGAAGGUCAGAACUCGUCAGAAAGCGAUUAUUAAGCGAACGAUUCUACAAUUAGUGCAUAAUUACGUUACUAUUUAUUUUAAAUUAAACAUUUUUUGUUUACCAAUUUAAAAUUUAUCAAGGCUUUUGAUUUAUUAUUUUUUCAAUGUCUUUGAAGGCUUUUCAUUACUGUAAAAUACGGUAGAUGAAAACAUGCAUCGUAAGAUAAAACUAAUCAUCCGAAUGUGAUGUUCUAUUUUUAAAACAUUAUCAUAUUAGUCGAAGCAAAAAUAACAUAUAUUCUACCACCACCUUCUAAGUCUUCAUUAUUGCUGUGACGUCAUAAAAGAAUCAAAAGGUAGCUCCUUUAGUAUUAAUUAUUAAAUGCGUAUAUUUUAGCAAUAAUUUAUUGUAAAUGCAAUAUAAAGCAUUAGAGGUAUAGACAAUUUAACGUGCUAACGUUUUUUCGUAUUACCGUAAAACAUAGUUCAGAAUUUAUAAAAUAUAUAUGACGUCAAAAAAAACUCUUGCACACUUUUACCACCGACCCUGGGGCGACCAACCUAUACAGAUAAGAUAGACAGACAAAGGACUUAAUUGCUGAAUAUAAACACUCCUUUUCAUUCAGGGAUUAUGCGAUAGAAUAUUGCCAAGAAUCAUAUUAGCUUCGGAGAUACUGGUAAUCGUCAGCUUAGGAAAUUAAACUGCAAAGUAGAGCAUAUCUCUUUGACGCAAAAAGUUCAGAUUUUUUUAACGUCUAUUAAUAACAGACAUAUUUGUUUGGGGUUAUUUUAUUUCGUCGCUGGUUCUGUUGCUAUUAAAUUACACUUUUAUUUUAUUCUUUUUACUGCUUACUUUUUGUGGACUGUAUAUUUAAUUUAUUAAUAAAACCAAUUAAGUAUGAUCGUUGCACUUAUUACUUUAUUCACUUACUGCGAAAUAUUACUGAAAAUGAGGGUUGACAAUGGCAUGAAUUGAGAUGCGUCACGGUGGUGGCUGCCGCGCGACAUCCUUACUUACAUACCACAAAAAUGUAACUUAACUUACUCAACUAACUGAACUGAACUGCUGAAAAUGUGUCGUCGUAGGUGGCGGCCGACCCUGAGGAUCAGGUGAUUUGGCUGUUGCCAGAUUUGGCACUACUUAAUUUAAUUUACUGAAACAAUAUUAACAGAUAAUCAUUGACAAGGGUAUACGUAUUAAUAGGUAUAUGCUCGCCAAAUUACUUUUGCCGAAAAUUUUAAACAAAUUUUUACUAAUUUCAACUUUUUUCUGAGUAUUAAUUCUUAAUUCAUUGAUGAUUCAUUGCACUAUUCGUUGCCGAUUAUAUAUGUGACAUUUCAAAUCUUGAUAUAUAAUAUUUUCGUAGACGAUAUUUUUACAAUACUAUUACAUGUUCUACACAUAUUCUAAAUAUUGACAGCUUCUCUUAAUGUUUUCGGAAGAAAUACCUUUAAUUUUCCUUUCAAGAUAGUUCAAAAACUACUAAACUCUCCUUUGUCAAUGCUUGGUAAAAUAUAUUUCUGUUGGCUCUAGGGUAGAGUGCUUCAAGAGUGCGCACUUAAGGUUUAAUCAGGUAAAAAAUCCAAAGGAAUUGCGUUGAAAAUAUAUAUUUUUUUAUUUAUGACUGUUGAUACUUAAACAACAAAAUAAGGUAUAAUUCGCAAACUAAACAUCAGUACUUCAACAGAAAAAAUUAAACUUAAAAAAAGUGAUUUUGCGCACUCUUAUAAACCCGCUUUUUAAGAGUACGCAUUUAGUAUUGUAAGAGUACGCCCGCAAUUUUAUGAACAUAGGUCACAUGUAUAAGAUCCAGAACCCUCGUAGGCACUGCAUGUUGUUUGGUUGCAUCCAUGUUUCGUUGCACCCUGGACAGGACAGCUCCACAUUUUCUUAUGAGGCGGUGAUUUUGGCUUCUUCAAAACAGCUUUUCCAUUUUUCGGUGUCUUCUUUGCCUGUCUGAGGUUCACAGCGCAUUUUCUUUUUAAACUCUCUUCCGAAAGCUCUUGUGGUGGUGGUAGGUUAUCGCCCAUAUCUAGUUUGACUAUGGGUUUCGGUUUUUUUUUUCUCUUUUUCUUCAAUUAGUUGGUCCUUAUAUGGGGAGCUGGUGAUAAUUUCCGACUUUUUGCUUCUGCGACUUGUUGACCUGAACGUAAUUGAUUUGGGUAAUGGAGAAAUUGUUGUUAAUUUAAUAUAAGUUGAUGAUGUUCCAGGAGUGUUUGAUAAAUCAAGUGUUUUGGUUUCUGGCGUUACAGCAACUGUUUGUUCCAAAGUUGAAAUGAUUGCAGAUGUGUUGGCAACCAGCUCUGUAGGCUGAGGUGAAUUUUUCUUAGUAGUGGAACUCUCUCUUGAGAGAGUUACAACAGUUGGAUUGACAGUCCAAACAACUUUGGAAGCAUUUUCAAAGGUUUGAUGAAGUUGAAUAUUGAUUUUAGAUGUUGAGUUAUCAGCGACUUCUAACUGAAUGUUUGGCGCUUCUACUUGCGUAGCGACUGUAGCUGUAGCAGAAUUUUCUCGUUCUGUGACUAAAGUGGCCAUGAAGUCAGCUUCGGUAAAUAUAUCAUCAUUAAAUGGGACAUAUCCCUGUCACUUUAAAACCUUCAAUCGCAUUCGUUAAAGUAGCAGCUUUAAUAUGCAGGUGCAAAUAUUGAAGUAAUUUGGUAGAUCGUAAUUACCCGCCCUGGAUGGUUCGUCAACCAUUUUUCACACUCGUUGGAAUAAAACUUUUUUAACGGGCUAAAAAAACAUCGGUCAAGUGGCUGCAUACGGUGGCUACUAUGAGGAGGAAGUGUUAAUGCGAUAAUGUUAUAUUGUCGAAAAAAAUCAACUGCUGCAAUAGAACAAUGGGAAGUGUGGUUAUUUAUUAUCAUUAGUACUGGUUGUUCCUUUCUUGGCUUAGCAUGAUCUCGAAAAUGUGUGGCAUAAUCAACAAACAAAUCCUGAUUGAUGAAACUACUAUCAGAUACCAUUCCAAUUGAAGAUGGCGGAGCUCCGUCCAAAAGUUCUGCCUUCAUUCUUUUACGUGGAUAUAUAAAUGCGGGAGGAAUAAAUUGUCCACUAGCACUCAUUGCACAUACAACAGUAACAUUGGUUCCCCGUUCUGCGCUUGAUAUUUUAUUGACACACCUUUUUCCUUUUGUAGAGAAAACUUUAAGGGGCUUGUUUGGGACAGUGGAAAAUCCCGAUUCGUCCAUAUUGUAAAUUGCAUAUGGCGGAAAUUUAUAUUUGUUCAUUAAUUCCAAGAGGUUUUUAUAAAACCGCUCACACUGUGGCUUAUUAAACCCAACAGCCCUGGCGACGCUUGUAGCGGUGGGUUGCCUUAAUGUAACUCUUUCUUGCUGCCUCCAUAACCGCCGGUGAGCAUAAAGCACGUUGAGAACUUCGUUUUCUGCCAGACAUGCUGAAACACAAGAAAAAAUACGUUUAAUCCGUUAAAACAAAAAACCUGAUUUGUAAGAGUGCGCGCGUACUCUUACAAAACGAGCAUGUUUUAAAAAGCGCCAGUGCUGCCUCCAUCUUGGUUCGAAAUUGUAAACAACGGUAUGAUUUAUACGAUUCUUCAAGGUUUAUUGUAAGCAUGACAAAAUAUGACCGCGAAAUUCUUGAAAACUACAGUUGUGUACAAUAUCCAAAAUGUCAAAAUAUAAUAACAAAACAGAUAAAAUUUCUUAAACUUACCUAAUAACGUUAUUAUCGCUGUUUAUUUGCUUAAAAUGCACAAGAAACAUGCAGACACUCCUCUUAAUCAGUACGAACUAUAACACCUUGUUGUUGUCGACGACAUGCUCCAAAAAUCGACGAGUGCGUAUUCUUAUUGACCGCGCACUCCUAGAGCACUCUACCCUAUGUAUAUGAAUAUGGUUUUCACAUUUUGUGAAAAUAGAAUUUCCUUACUUUGUAUGUUUCAGGCAAGUUGUGUUUAAAUCUUUUAACUAUUCUGCCUUACUUAUUUUAGUUUCUGUUGCGUUGCGUUUAAGUGAUAAUUAAAAAUAAAAGAAAAUUCUGUAAAUUUCAUACUUUAUUACUUCCGUAUUUACUGUAAUGUUUAGUUCCCGCAGCUUCCGUAUAACAAAGCUAAACACCAUUCAGGAAAUUUUCAAUAGUCAUCAAAGAUAAAUCAAAUUCCUCUUUAAAGAGAUUUCGACUGAAUUUAUAGAUGUAGCUGGACUAACAGGCAAUAAAGACGAGAAUUAUAAAUUUUAUUCUUAACUUUACCCAAAAAAAGAGAUUUUCCAAAAGACAACUUAAGAAAACAUGAAAAACACAUUUUCAACAAGUUUAAAAAAAUUGAUUUAAUUAAAUUGACUGAAUCCGAUCGAUAUAAAUUUGGUAAUAAAAAUAAGGGAAUUUAUUUAAAAAAAACGGAUUUCAAAUCUUGACAUAAAAUAAGAGUCUCGCAAAGUGACAAACUUUGGUCUUAUUUUUGGAAUAUUUUAUAGGUAUAUCAACUUUAAUGACAAAAUAAAUUAGCAAGCACCAAGGAAAAAAUCACCCUAUUCUUUAUAUUUACUCUAAUUGUGAUUAGCAAUAAAUAUUCUGUUUGUUUUAAAAGCAAUAAAUCUGAGUACAUUUUUUAAGUGUAAUUAUAACCGCAUAUCGUAAUGCGGUUUUAAUUAUGCUGAAAUUUUAUGGCGUUAAAUAGAAUACUUUUAUUACGUUUUAAUUUUAAUUACGGAGAACAUAAAAACAAAAUGUCUUGCACAAAAACAAUAUAUAUAAUAUAGUAAUUUAUAUAUAAUGCGUAGUGUUUUAGGUUUACCAUAGAUUUAUCCAGGAUGAAGUACCAUUAUGCAAAGCAAAAUAAUAGGCGAAGGUAUAUAAUAGGAUUAAUGUAUUGUGAUGUUAUGUGUGUGCCGUUGUUUUUAACCUUUUUAUGGACAUUUUAUGAUAAUAUCAUUUUUCCCUUGAUAAUGGUUUAACAACCGAAACGCGUCGGCAUUGUUGAAAUAAAGAUUGUGAAGUAAACAGGACCCUUCGCCUAUUAUUUUGCUUUGCCUAGUGUUUUAGGUUUACUAAAGUUAUAUAUAUUAGAUAUUUAUUAAAAAUGAUUAAAUCGUUGUUUUUGUUGUAGUUUUAGAAAAUAUCAAAAUCUUAAAUAACAUUUGUAAAAAAGGGAAAAAUCUAAAUUCAAUGCAUUCCAAUAUUUGACCAAGUAUAUAGUUAUGUAAUUAUUUAAGAACCCGCAUGCUUAAUUUAUUGUAAUUCAACAGUAUAAAAAUAUUUUACAUCAUGUACGAUGCCACUAUAUUACAAUAAUUGUUAGAUCGUUAUAUUGUAUAAGCAGAUGAAUUAAAUAUUCUUUAACUCAUG